AUGGCUGCUCCACAGCCAGACAUGGAAUUGCAGCAAAAUCAGAGGCAUCCUCUGUUGUCAAACAGAACUGAUGGCAACAACAACUUGAGCCCCAUGCAGAAAGCAAUAGGACAAACAUACAAGAGCACCGGGCACCUCGCCAAACUCCUCCCAUCAGGCACUGUCCUUGCCUUCCAGCUCCUCGCUCCAACCCUGGCAAAACAAGGCCAAUGCGGUGACAUGAAUCGGAUGAUGGCAGGAGGGCUUGUGAUACUAUGUACACUGUCAUGCUUUGUUCUUAGCUUCACAGAUAGCUUCAGGGAUGAGAAAGGAAAGGUAAGAUACGGGUUUGCCACGUUCAAGGGGUUAUGGGUCAUUGAUGGUGGCGCUACUCUUGAUCCACAUGCUGCAGUUGAAUACAAGAUAAAAUUUCUAGACUUUGUCCAUGCAACUGUCUCCGCGAUGAUUUUUGUUGCAAUAGCUCUGUUUGAUCAAAAUGUGGUUUCUUGCUUCUAUCCAAUACCAUCAGAGGAUACAAAGCAAGUACUCACAACAUUACCAGUUGCUAUUGGAGUUAUUGGAAGCAUACUAUUUGUCAGCUUCCCAACCACCCGCCAUGGCAUUGGCUUUCCGGUAUCUACACAAUAG